UCCAUCAUUCGCCCACCGUUAUUCUUGAGCGUUGACUUCCCAGUUUUUCCACAAAUAUUAGUUUUCUUUGCUUCUCUUCAAUCCACCCUUCAAAACCCAUUAUCAGAAUCAAUUACAUAUGAACCACAAUGGACCAAUCUGUUGUAGAUAGCAUCAUUCACAGGCUUCUUGAAGUUGGGCCUAAACCCAGUAAGCAUUUUGAGCUCACUGAAUCAGAAAUCAAGCAGCUUUGUGUUGUUUCCAGAGAGAUUUUCUUGCAGCAGCCUAAUCUGUUGGAGCUUCAAGCCCCCAUCAAGAUUUGUGGUGACAUCCAUGGUCAAUACCCUGAUCUUCUUCGUCUUUUCGAGCACGACGGAUUGCCUCCAAAAGCCGACUACUUGUUUCUUGGCGAUUACGUUGAUCGCGGCAAACAAAGCCUUGAAACUAUAUGCCUUCUUCUCGCCUACAAGAUUAAGUACCCGGAUAACAUCUUCCUUCUGCGAGGAAACCACGAGUGUUCUUCUAUAAACCGCGUGUACGGGUUCUAUGACGAAUGUAAAAAAAGAUUCAAUGUUAAGUUAUGGAAGAUCUUCGGAGAUUGCUUCAAUUGCUUGCCUGUUGCAGCUUUAGUUAGUGAAAAGAUUUUGUGUAUGCAUGGUGGCCUUUCGCCUGACCUUCAUGACUUGGAUCAGAUUAGAGAGUUGGAACGUCCUGCUGAUGUGCCCGAUAAUGGUUUGCUUUGUGAUCUUUUGUGGUCUGACCCGCAUAAAGAAGUCAAAGGGUGGGCAAUGAAUGAUCGUGGAGUUUCGUACACGUUUGGUGCUGAUGUUGUCACGGAGUUUUUACUCAAACAUGAUCUUGAUCUUAUUUGUCGCGCUCACCAGGUUGUAGAGGAUGGGUACGAGUUCUUUGCAUACAAACAACUAGUAACGGUGUUUUCGGCUCCUAAUUAUUGCGGUGAAUUUGACAACGCGGGUGCUUUUAUAAGUGUUGACGAGACUCUAUUGUGUUCAUUCCGAAUAUUAAAACCUGCAGAAAAGAAGCCAAGGUCAAAAUCUAUGAUCAAUCUUUUUGGGAUGUCCAGCAGCAGCAGCUAAAUGUUGUUAUGAGUAAAAUUUGUACUGUCAAUCAACAAAAUAGUUUUUAAAGAUUAAGAAAAUGUUAAUAGUCCAAUUUCGAAUAUAAAGUGAUACCAUGAAAUUGAUUUGUAAGAAUGUAAGGCAUUUAGGGUUUCUUUAAUAAAGUUUGAAGUACAUAUUUGUAAGUUUUUUA